AUGAUUAACAAUUGGGUAUAAUCAAAUUGAUACUAUCAAAUACGUGAUUUCUUAAGAUGAUAAAAAUUGUUCCAGAUCGUUCACGAUGAGUCGAGAAUGAGAUCUUUCUUUUUCUCAAUUUAAUGCUCUUAAUUGUAAGUAAAACUAUUUCGAGAUUUCGCAAUACUAUACCAAUUCCCUCAGAUAAUCUUGUCACGUUUGUUCGACAGAAUCGAGCAGCUUUGAACGACACUUAUCUGCAAAAGAGCGAUUGUAUUUAUCGGUUAUGUUAUUAAUAUAUUUUUUUUUAUCUUCCAAAGAAUCUUUGAAGAAAUCUUUCAACGAUAUCGGUAUAUCAAUCUAAAUGCAGAUGAACCACAAUUAUUUAUAAAGACAACGUUUUGCACGCUGAAAAAAACUAUCGGGAUUAUAUAGGAGAAUCUUUCCUUUGCCGAUCAUUCGAUCCGACCAUACAUUCUCUCCCUAAUGCUUUGAAAAUCUCUCCACCAACGAAGCAGCAGAUUCGUGGACCGCUCUUUAAAAGUAAAAAUCGGGGCAAGCCGUUUCGCUGGCAUCGCUCGAUAAAAUGUUCGAGCAGUCUGCAUUUAACCGGAUCGUUGACGCUGAACGAUGUAGCUGGUACAACGUUCUACUUUUAGUUAUCAUCGGGUUGCUCGAGCAAAAGGUUAUCGUGUUAAGGAUACUUGUGUUGACGUAGCUCGCUUUAAAAGCGACCGAGCCAGUGUCAGAGCUUGAAAUCCUGGGAUGGGCGAGGCCGACCAGAUAUCCGGGCAGGAAGUUUGCGGAAAGUGCAGAGACAUUCCGUGUCAAUAAUUAUUCGUUUGCAACAUCGAUAAUAAAAUCUUCCUUUAUUAAACUCUAUUACGGAAAUUAAUGAAAGGGGCAAUUUAUGUGAAUGUCCUCUAGAGUGAAGGAAGGAAAAUUCCAGAAACAAUGCUCCGACUUUUAUGGGACAAGUCGUUAAGGAACUUAAGACUUUAACCUCCGUGACCCGAUUAAAGCGUCCAAAUGAGAUCUUUACGACGUUCCAGACUGACCAUCACUUUCACCCAACUGAAGUCAGUCCAGUUCCAUCAACGAGUUGCAUUACCAGGUCGCAAGGAAACCUUUCGUAACAUUCGCCACGAUUACCUAAUGCCGCCUGCUUCUAAUUUACCUAGAUACUUUCUAUCGGAAGUAUCCAGACAUGAGAUAGGAAUCUGGGAAAUUAUUGGACCGAAUCUGAUCCACUCCAUUUAUCAUUUCUUGAAUAACUAUUCUCGAAUCUCCAUAGAUAUUGGAGUUCCUCCACUUUAUCUUUGAAAUUUUCGAUUUUUUUCUUCCCAAGUACUUUUGAACAGCUACGAAUAUUGGAAAAUAUUUAUGUUGAUCUGAAACAAUGAUUAAUUUGAAAUGUAAGUUGUUUAACAAAUACUGCAUGAUACUUUGGUGAACUUUGAAAGAAAUCCAGAAACGUAUAUAGAAGUUACAAGAAAGUUAUACAUUUCAUAAAGGCUUCAGUAUUUAUACUAACUUUCUUAUUAAUGUUUGGAAUAAAUACUUUGCAACUUUUAUCUACAUUUCCAGAUUGAUUCCAAAUUUCAUUAUGAUCAUGACGUUUUACACUAUACAAAGAUUUUUUACGAUACACGUCCCAAAUACUUUAAUGUUCUUCAAGCUUGUUAAUCACUGUAGUUUCUACGUGACUAUCUCACAGUUCCGAAAAAGAUCUCGAUUCUAAAAGACAUCCAGGUUUAUACAUUUAUCAAGCUAAAUAACGAACAAGUCUACCUCGACAUCGAAUCUCAAUUCUCAAAGAUCUCAAUUGUAAAAGACACCCAGCAAGUU